AUGGAUCAGAACAUAGUGUCGAAUCCCAUUUUUUUUAUAUUAGGGAGCACUGGUACUGGAAAAUCAUCUUUUGCCGUUGAAUUGGCAAAAUUUUUAAAAGACACAAAUUUAUAUGAAAAUGUAGUUAUAAUAAACUGCGACGUCAUGCAGUUUUACCAGGAUCUCCCAAUCGCUACAAACAAGAUUUCAUCUGAUGAAAUGAAAAAUAUACCACAUGCAUUUUUGGGAUUCCUUGAUUGCCAUGACUUUUACCUGUUCGAUCCCGUAGAAGCGUUUUUCAAUAGCGAAUCGACUCAUUCUCUGAUACCUCAAAGUUCAACCAAUUCACGAUUUGAUAUUCGUUGUUAUGUCGACAAGGUUACAGAGUUUAUAAAUCGUUAUUUUGCAGUAUAUAGUAAUUCAGCCAUUAUUAUUUGUGGCGGGACAUGUUACUAUGCGCAAUCGAUUCUCUUUAAUAAUACCCUUGUCUCUGAAGAUGACGACAAAGUCUCAACUUCACACUCAAACGACGAUGGUGCAGAGGGUGAGCUUUGGGAUGUAUUAAAUCGGAUCGACCCACAAAUCGCUUCUCGCUACCACCCUAACGACAAACGUCGAUUAAGGCGUCUGAUAGCAAUUCAUAGGAAAACAAAAAAGCUCCCAUCUGAGAUUUAUUCAUCAAAAAAUGUGGAACUUCGUUUUCCCAAGGAAAGGACAUUUGUGCUUUGUCUCUGGCUUCCGAGGGAUCAAUUAUAUGAGUCGCUUAAUGCCAGAGUUGAUGCUAUGAUAAGCAAAGGUCUACUAUCAGAAGUAAUGGAAUUCCAAAAACGGAAUGAGGGCAAUAAUCGUCAAACAAGCAUAAUGGAGACUAUAGGUUUGAAGGAAUUCAGGGACCUUUUUAUUCAUGGGGAUGUACUAAAUGAAGAGUUCCAGGGCUUAGUUCAGUCUGGAAUUGACCAGGUAAAAUCUAACACACGAAGAUAUGCUAGACAACAAGAGAGAUGGCUACUUAACCGAUUUCAGACGUUGUUGGUUUAUUUGAAAGACGAUUUUAUUUCUCAUCAUUUUAUGAAGAUUGAUUCUUCCCAAAUUAAGCAUUCCGAAGAUAUUGUGGCAUUAGUGCACGCGCUUUUUGCUGGAAAAGCGGAGAAACUAUUUUUUUCCGAUUGUCUUCAUAAUAUUACAAUUGAACCGAAGAGACCUGUAUCACAGGAGGUCUGCAACAUCUGCAACACAGUAGUUUAUGGAAGAGGUCAAAUGGAAUUGCAUAUACUUUCCAAGCAUCAUCGUUCAGCUGUAAAGCGGAGAAACAUCGAAAUUAAGUUUAAGGAAAUGUUUGGAAAGGAUUUACCACCUCCAAAGCGAAGAAAAAUAUAA